GUCUCUGCCAACCGUCCGCGACAACAUGUCCGACGACGAGUGGGAGUACGAGUACCAUGCCAGCGAAACCACCGAUUUCUACCUGACCCUCGACCUGACCUCGCGUGCCGCCCCCGCCAACAAGCGCGGCGCCAACACGCGCAUCGACGUCGACUUCUUCAAUGCAGCUAACAGCGAGGCACGCGACACCCCGGACGCGCCCACACCCGAUGCUGCAACAAUCCCAGCCCCGCGCCCCGACGGAGCUGAAGUCAUCGGUGACGAUCCCAUCCAGAUCCUAGACCUACAUCGCGACAAUCCUAUAGUCUCAUAUCGCGGCCAGCUCUUCAAUUGCCACUGGGCCUCGACCAUCGGCACUGACCUGUUCUUCGCGCGACACGAAAAAAAUAACGGAGACGAAGACGAUGACGAUGACGAUGACGAAGCCGGCAAUGUCAAUGUCGACCAACCCCAGCAAUCCCCUCCUCUCCGCUCCCUCAACACCUUCGACCUCCUCGGCGCCAGCUCCACCCGCCUCGUCGGCACAACCGCCCAGCUAAAAGCACGCUCCGAGCUGGUCACGAACCAGCAGCGCCGCAACCGUCAACAUGCCUUCGCCGCCAUCCAGACACCGGGCCACAGUCGCAGCGGUCGCAGCAACACCACGCAAGCUUUCCCCGUCGCGGCCGACGCGCCCCGCGGCCAGAAGCGCCAAGCCGGGUUCCUGGAGCAGUUGAGUGCCGUCAAGGCGCGGAUGGGGGAAACAGACCAUGUACGCGCGACCGCGUCGACGAACCGUGGGCAUAAUUUGCGCGGGGAUGAGAUGGAUCUGAUGAUGACGGAAGGUGCGGAUUUCAGUGCCGACGUUACACCCGAAGGUUCCGCCGAGGUUGAGGAGCUGCAACAACAACAGGCGGAAGAGGAAGCAGCCCCCGCGCCUGCGGCCAGAGGAGCCACGCCAGGUAGGCGUAGAGGACGCGCCAGGCGCGGGGCGGCUGCCUCGGGGCGGGCGCGCAGAGGUCGGCGCGGCUCCAAGUACGACAGCCCAUUGCGGAACGAGGUCGGCGCUGAGACGGCUGCAAGGCCGACGCCCGCGUCAUGGGAUGAGUUGGAGCAGCCGCCUGUGAGACCAAGUCCGCUGCGCAGGACUGAGACAAUGGAGACGGAGGGCGCGUCUGCUGCUGAGGAUGCAGCGGGCGAUUGAGACUGGUUUUAGUUGAUCGAGCUUCUGAGGCCAUUGCUGUGCUCGCUAUAUCAGACGACUUGCUACGCCUGCCUGCCUGCUUCUGUUUGUGGCUGUCAUGUCUUGCUGCUCGUGCACUUUCCUCUCCUGGUCUUACCACUUCUGUACUGUGCCUCGCAGCUGCCCCU